AUGAGAGGUAUUAGUGUAUUGAUUAUCAUUAGCUUAUUAAUUGUCGGAUGUGCGGUACUAUUGUCAAGAGUUCGCUCUAUCGAAUCGAUAUUAUAUCACCUAUUUCAUCAUUUAGAUAUCAUAUUUAAUUAUCGGCUGAGUUCAAAUUUUUUUAUUAAUACCAUUUAUAAAUAUUAUUUCCAAAUAUUUGAUAGGGAUUCACAUCGUUCUGAAUUUCAAUUGGUUGCUCCUAGUUUAUAUAUCAGUAAUAAAUUUGGUUGUUACAAUGAAAACAAAUUAAUUAAAUAUAAUAUUACUCACAUUUUAAUUGCUGGCAGUUUGUUAACGAAACGUUUUCCAUCGAGGUAUAGAUAUCAUCAGUUAAAUCUAAGAGAUAUUCCAAGUGAAAAUAUCGGACAAUAUUUCGCUGAAUGCGUAGAUUUUAUUGAACAAGCAAUCGAAAGUAAAGGAACAGUAGUUGUCCAUUGUAGUGCAGGAAUGUCACGAUCAGCCGCCAUUGUUGUAGCUUAUUUGAUGCAUGCAAAAAAACUAACGUUUGAUCAAGCCUAUUCAAAAUUAAAGGAAGUUCGACCUUGUGUGGGUAUUAAUGAUGGGUUUCAAAAACAACUGAGAGCAUGGCAAAAGGAAGGAAUGCCGCUGUAA